AUGACCUUCCAACAAGAGGCUGCAUCAUGGAUCUUCCCAUCCCGGCUCUCCACAUCUCCCAUACCAUCCAUUGCCGUUAACGCCCCGUCCACAUCAAAGCUCCCACUUCCCAACCCCAAUGUGAAUCCCACAAUCAUUACCUUCCUCCGCCACUGCGGGUGCCCCUUCGCCGAAAAGACCUUCCUAUCCUUUCGUGCCGCGGCCUCCGCCCACCCAUCCAUCAACUUCGUCGCCGUCUCCCACAGCGAUCAGUCCGCCACGAACAGAUGGCUCGAAGCCGUUGGCGGCGCCGACCAUGUCCGCAUCAUUGUGGACAGUGAGAGGGAGCUAUUUGCACGUUGGGUCUGGGCGUGA